UCUCACCGUGGGGGAGAUGUGUCUGCGUGUGUGAGGAGCGAGAGGGUGUGACCGCCCGACCGCCCUGGUCCAGUCCCCGCUUGUGUUCCGUGGUGGUGGCGGCGGCCGGUCGCCAUGGGCAACCGUGGGAUGGAGGAGCUGAUCCCGCUGGUGAACCGGCUGCAGGACGCGGUGGCCACUGUCGGCCGCUGCUGCCGCCUCGACCUGCCACAGAUCGCCGUGGUGGGCGGCCAGAGCGCCGGCAAGAGCUCGGUGCUGGAGAACUUCGUGGGCAGGGAUUUUCUUCCUCGAGGACCAGGCAUAGUGACUAGACGCCCUCUGGUUUUGCAACUGGUUAAUUCCCCUACAGAAUAUGCUGAAUUUCUACAUUGUAAAGGAAAAAGGUUUACUGAUUUUGAAGAAGUGUGCCAUGAAAUUGAAUUAGAAACGGACAGAGCAACUGGAACAAACAAAGGGAUUUCAUCAAUACCCAUUAACCUGAGAAUCUACUCUCCAAAUGUGCUAAACUUGACCCUAAUUGAUUUACCCGGCAUCACAAAAGUGCCAGUAGGAGAUCAACCAGCAGAUAUUGAGUACCAAAUCAGGGACAUGAUAAUGCAAUUCAUCAGUCGCGAAAACUGUCUUAUUCUGGCUGUAACACCAGCUAACACAGACUUGACCAAUUCAGAUGCACUAAAGUUAGCGAAAGAUGUUGAUCCCCAAGGUUUGCGAACAAUUGGUGUGAUUACCAAGCUUGAUCUAAUGGAUGAGGGUACAGAUGCCAGGAAUGUUUUGGAGAACAAGCUGCUACCUCUUCGCAGAGGAUACAUUGGUAUUGUCAACAGAAGCCAGAAGGAUAUAGAAGGAAAGAAGGACAUUAAAGCAGCACUUAUAGCGGAAAGAAAUUUUUUCCUUUCUCAACCUGCGUAUAAACACAUGGCAGAACGUAUGGGAACUCCAUAUCUCCAGAAGAUCCUCAAUGAGCAACUGACCAACCACAUUCGGGAGAUUCUCCCAGUGCUGCGAGACAAGCUGCGGAGGCAGUUAUCAUCUUUAGAAAAGGAGGUGGCAGAGUUUAAGGACUGCCGACCUGAUGACCCUGCCAUAACAGCCAAGGCUCUCUUGCUGAUGGUAAAACAGUUUUCCGUGGAUUUUGACAAGAAAAUCGAAGGAUCAGGCAAUCAAGUGGAUACGGCAGAAUUAUCAGGUGGAGCAAGGAUCAACAAAGUUUUCCAUGAACGAUUUCCUUUUGAGCUGGUAAAGAUGGAGUUUGAUGAAAAAGAACUACGACGAGAAAUUAGCUUCGCUAUUAAGAAUAUCCAUGGUAUCAGGCCUGGUUUGUUUACGCCUGAUAUGGCUUUUGAAACUAUUGUGAAGAAACAGAUAGUGAAACUCAAGGAACCUUGCCUGAAGUGCGUGGAUCUGGUUAUUCAAGAAUUAAUACAUACCAUUAGACAGUGCAGUCACAAGCUGGGCAGAUACCCAAAACUGCGGGAAGUGACGGAGAGGAUAGUUUCAAGCUACAUACGAGAGAGAGAAGGAAGGACGAAGACCCAGGUAUUGCUACUGAUUGAUAUCCAGUUGGCUUAUAUCAAUACAAACCAUGAAGACUUCAUAGGGUUUGCAAAUGCCCAACAAAGAUGUGGUCAGCUUUAUAAGAAACAACCUGCUGGAAAUCAGGUAGUCAGAAAAGGUUGGCUCACCAUCAGCAACAUCAGCAUCAUGAAAGGAGGUGCCAAGGAAUAUUGGUUUGUGCUGACAACAGAAAGUCUCUGUUGGUUUAAGGAUGAGGAGGAAAAAGAGAACAAGUAUAUGCUGCCGUUGGAUAACUUGAAAAUUCGCGAUGUGGAGAGGAGUUUCAUGUCCAGUAAAAAUGCGUUUGCACUUUUUAAUACAGAACAGAGGAACGUUUAUAAGGAUUAUCGAUUAUUAGAGCUUGCUUGUGAAUCUCAGGAGGACCUAGAUGGUUGGAAGGCAUCGUUACUUAAGGCUGGUGUUUAUCCAGAUAAAUGCACUAUUGAGGAGGAGACAGAAUGUAUACAUAACUUCUCCAAGGACCCUCAGCUGGAGAGACAAGUGGAGACCAUUCGCAGCCUAGUCGACUCGUACAUGUGCAUCAUUCACAAGACCAUCCAAGACCUUAUACCAAAGAUAAUUAUGCACCUCAUGAUCAAUAAUACGAAGGGGUUUAUUAACACAGAGCUUUUGGCAAAACUGUAUUCAGAAGACCAAACUGCUCUAAUGGAGGAAUCUCUGGAACAGGCCCAAAGGCGUGACGAAAUUCUUCGAACAUAUAACGCUAUCAGUGAAGCACUGAAUAUUAUUGGCAACAUUAACGUGAACACAGUAUCAGUUCCAUUGCCGCCUCCUGUGGACGAUUCCUGGUUACAUACAAGCCACAGUACAAGCUCUUCGCACUGGCAACCAUUCUCUGGUCGUCCACCAUACAACCAAUCUGGACAAGCUCCCAUCUUACCCAUUCAAUCAAAAGGCUCGUCUUCAAGUGCCCCUCCCAUCCCAACCCACCAUGGCAUUCCACAGUCGCUCAGUGGUCCGAGCAGUGCAGGAACAUCAGUGUUCACCCAACAGAUCAACUCAAAGUCCACUCAUGCUCCCACCACCCCCAGGAGACCUCCUCCUGCAGUACCUGGAAAACCAACUUCAUGAAGACACUAAUCUAACUCAGUAUCCAUGUUUAUAAUGUAUUUGUAGUCCGAAGUUCUAUCUCACGUAUUGCACAAUAUCUUUGUAUAUAAUUGUUUAUUUAAUGCUGCCAAUAAAUCCUACUCUAUUCUAUAUUGCAAUGCAUGGAACUUUUCCAUUUUUAUAGUUGUUAUCUAACAAGCACAAAUGUUUACAACGUGGCCAUAUAUAACCUGGAUGUCAUUGAUUAGUAGAGAUCCAUUGAAAUUUACCGAAUAAUGAAAGGCCUGAAUGAAUAGAGUGGAUGUAGAGAGGAUGUUUCCACUAGUGGGAGAGUCUAGGACCAGAAUAAAAAGACGUUGCUUUAGAAAGGAGAUGAGGAAUUUCUUGAAUCAGAGGGUUGGGAAUCGGUGGAAUUCAUUGCCCCAAAAGACUGUGGAGGCCAAGUCAAUGGGUAUUUUUAAGGCGGAGAUUGAUAGAUUCUUGAUUAGUACGGGUGUCAGGGGUUAUGGCGAGAAGGCAGGAGAAUGGGGUUUAGAGGGAGAGAUAGAUCAGCCGUGAUGAAUGGUGGAGUAGACUUGAUGGCCUGAGUGGCCUAAUUCUCCUCGUUAUGAACGUUAAUGACGCGAUUGUGGAGAUUUCUUGGACUAUUUCUAUAGAUAGGUUUUUGGUUGUUUUCCAUGGAGCAGUAAAGGCUGCAGGUAGUUCUGAUUGAGAUAUACGAAGCUAUGAGGCACAUAGAUGAGCUAGUGGGAAACUUUUCCCUGAAGCCGACUAAAACCAGAGCAUAUUGGUUGUUGGAAUCUGGAGCACACAGUCUGAGGCGUUCAUGGAGGCAGGUACUCUCAAAAUGUGGAGUCAUAGAAUCAUACUGUGUGGAAACAGGCCCUUCGUCCCAACUUGCCCACACCGACCAACAUGUCCCAUUUACACUAGUCUCACCUGCCUGCGUUUGGAUUCUUAAACAUUGUGAUAGUACCUGCCUGAAUUACUUCCUUUAGCAGCACGUUCCGUACACCCACAGCCCCUUGUGUUAAAACAUUGCCCCUCAGGUUCCUAUUAAAUCUUUACCGCCUCACCUUAAACCUAUGUCCUCUGGUUCUCGAUUCCCCUACUCCGGGCAAAAAAAUUCUGUGCAUCUACCCGAUAUAUUCAUAGUCAUAGAGUGAUACAGUGUGGAAACAGGCCCUUCGGCCCAACUUACCCACACCGACCAACAAUGUCCCAGCUACACUAGUACCACUUGCCUGCGCUUGGUCCAUAUCCCUCCAAACCUGUCCUAUCCAUGUACCUGUCUAUCUGUCUCUUAAACAAUGGGAUAGUCCCAGCCUCAACAAUCUCCUCUGACAGAUUGUUCCAUACACCCACCACCCUUUGUGUGAAAAUGUUACCCCUCGGAUUCCUAUUAAAUCUUUUCCCCUUCACCUUGAACCUAUGUCCUCUGAUCCUUGAUUCCCCUACUCUGGGCCAGAGACUUUGUACAUCUACCCGAUCUAUUCCUCUCAUAAUUUUGUACACCUCUAUAAGAUCUCCCCUCAUCCUCCUGCGCUCCAUGGAAUAGAGACCCAGUUUACUCAACCUCUUCCUACAGCUAACACCCUCUAGUCCUUGCAACAGCCUCGUAAAAUUCAUCUCAUGAUCUAUAAGGUCACCCCCUCAUAUUCCUGUGCUCCAAGGAAUAAAAUCCCAGCCUGCUCAACCUCUCCCUACGUCUACAAUGUAGUCCUUCACACAGACCGGACUCCCCACCAUUGACGCCAUCUACGCUUCACGCAGCCUCAGGGUAGCAGCCAAAUAAUCAAAGACUUGUCCCACCCCGGUCAUUCCGCCUUCUCCCUGCUCCCAUCCGACAGAAGAUACAGAAACCUGAAAGCUCACACCACCAGACUCAGGAACAGCUUCUUCCCCUCUGUUAUCAGACUUCUGAACGGUCCUUCCAUAAGCUAGGGUACUGUCCGAUUCACUUCUACCCCAUUGCAGACAUUGGACUUUGUCUCUGGAACUGAUGGUCUACAAUGCUGAGAACUAUAUUCUGCACUAUGUAUCUUCCCCCGUCGCUCUACCUAUUGUAUAGUUUCAUUGUAUUUAUGUGGACUAUUAUCCGAUUUGAUUGGAGAGCAUGCAAAACAAACCUUUUCACAGUACAUAUAACAAUAAU